AUGGUGGAAUGCUUCGAGGUGGAGCGGUGCGAGGGGUUGGAGGGACACGUGUCGAUCAGUGGUGCUAAGAACUCCGCUCUUGCGGUUCUCGCGGGUGCUAUCUGCUCCUCCGAGCCUCUCGUUUUGCGUCGGGUGCCAGACCUUCAUGACAUCAGGCGCAUGUUCCAGGUCCUUCAAUCGGUCGGCGUGAAAAUACAGCGAGGAGUGGACGGCCAGGAUUCAUCCGUGCUGGUCGAUGCGUCCUGUCUGUCGUCCGUGGAGCCCUGCGCCGACGUGGUGCGGAAGCUUCGCGCCAGCUUCUUCGUAAUCGGCGCGCUUGUGGGGAGGCAGGGGGAGGCGGUGGUUCCGCUGCCCGGCGGCUGCAACAUCGGCGCGCGCCCCAUCGACCUCCACGUGCGCGGCCUCGAGGCGCUGGGCGCAAAGGUUGAUAUCAGGCAGGGGCGCGUGCACGUGCAGACGGCGGACGGCGGGCGGCUCAAGGGCGGGAGCUUCUACCUCGAUUUCCCGUCCGUGGGCGCCACUGAGACGCUCAUGAUGGCCGCGUCGCUCGCGGAUGGCGAAACCACGCUCUCUAACGUCGCCCAGGAACCGGAAGUGGUGGACCUGGCGGAUUUCCUCAGCUCCUGUGGCGCGCAGAUCAGGGGGGCGGGCACCAACACGAUCGUCAUCAAGGGCGUGCCCAGGCUGGGCCCCACCGAGUUCACCAUCAUCCCAGACCGCAUCGAGGCGGGAACCUUCCUGGCAGCUGCGGCCAUCACGCGGUCGGUGGUGUCGCUGUCGCCGGUGAUCCCGCGGCAUCUGACGGCCGUGAUCAGCAAGCUCAGAGCCAUGGGGUGCCGCGUGCAGCAGACCAAGAUCGGCACGCUCAAGAUCUCGCCAGGCAUCUGGCCGCUGAGAGCGACGGACGUGACCACGCUGCCGUACCCGGGCUUCCCAACGGACAUGCAGCCGCAGCUCAUGGCGGCGCUCACCACUGCCAGCGGCCAGAGCGUCAUCCGGGAGACAGUCUUUGAGUCGCGGAUGAGACAUGUGGAGGAGCUGCAGAAGAUGGGCGCCAAGAUCAAGAUCACAGGCAACACCGCCAUCAUCAGCGGCAGGGAUCAGGGCAGCCAGCUGUACGGCGCCCCCGUGGCAGCCACUGAUUUGCGGGCAGGAGCAGCGCUGGUGCUGGCAGGGAUGGCAGCGGAGGGGCGCACGCACAUAGAGGGUGUGGCGCAUAUUGACAGAGGGUAUGAGCGCCUGGAUAGCAAGCUGCGUGGGCUGGGGGCUAGGAUUCAGCGCCUGCCUUGCCUUCCGGCCGAACUCACUUUGUGA